ACCUGCUUCUCGACUGAAUACCGCAAAUCCAACCCCAACUCUUGACCGUCACAGAAGUCAAGCGGUUUACCGUCCUCAAACUCUUAGCUUCUGAACCAACUAAACAAACCACAAUCAAUAGUCGGAGCGCCUUCUGUGGAAAAAAGGAAUGGCACUGCAAAUCCUCUCCGACCUCCACCUGGAAGCCCCCAAAGCGUACGACAUCUUCGAAAUCGCCCCAAAGGCGCCCUACCUCGCCCUCCUCGGAGACGUCGGCAACAUCGCAAAGGACAAGGACGACUGCCUCGCCUUCCUGACCCAGCAACUCAAGCAAUUCCGCGCCGUGCUCUUCGUCCCGGGUAACCACGAAGCCUACCACUCCACCUGGCCCGAGACGCUCUCGAUCCUGCGCGCGUUCGAGGAGCAGGUGCGCAACGAUGCGUCACUGGGCGAAUUCGUACUUCUGGACCGCACGGCGUACAAACUCCCCGGUACGACCAUCACGGUCCUAGGCUGCAGCCUCUUCUCGGCCAUCCCCAAGGAGAACGAGGAAGCGGUUAGUUUCGGCAUGAACGACUUCUUCCAUAUCGAGGGCUGGGAUGUCAAGAUGCACCACGAGAGCCACGUGCGCGAUCUCGCCUGGCUGAAUGAGCAAGUCGGGAAGAUCGAGGAGCAGAACGACGACACCAAGAUUGUCAUCCUGACUCACUGGAGCCCUACGCGAGAUGCCCGGUCGGUGGACCCGAGACACGGCGCUAGUCCCAUCAGCAGCGGCUUCUCCACGGAUCUGUCUGGCGAGGUGUGCUUUAAGAGUGAGAAGGUCAAGGUGUGGGCGUUUGGCCAUACGCACUUCAAUUGCGACUUCACGGUCGACAGGGAGUGUGGGGUGCCGUUGAGGCUACUGGCGAAUCAGAGGGGGUACUACUUUUCGCAGGCCAAGGGGGUGGAUUAGGAGAAGGUAGUAGAAUUGUAAUGGAAUAAGGAAUUCUCACGGUUGUGGUGAGAAGGGAUAGGCGAAAUAACCGUGUACACUACUUUUAGAGGGUUUUGCGUGGAAGUAGCUAAGAGGUGGCGGCUAGAACGAACCGUCAGGAUGAUAGAAUCUGACAUUGCGGAAAGGCUUGGUUGGAGGAUUUCAGCCUUGGGG